CACCGACAACUUCAAAGCAAAAUGAAGUUCUUUCUGCUUGUUUCUUUCAUUGGGUUCUGCUGGGCUCAGUAUGACCCACAUACUCAAUAUGGGCGGACUGCUAUUGUCCACCUGUUUGAGUGGCGCUGGGUUGAUAUUGCCAAGGAAUGUGAGCGAUACUUAGCUCCUAAGGGAUUUGGAGGGGUGCAGGUCUCUCCACCAAAUGAAAAUAUUGUGGUUUAUAAUCCAUCAAGGCCCUGGUGGGAAAGAUACCAACCAAUUAGCUACAAAAUAUGCACAAGGUCUGGAAAUGAAGAUGAAUUCAAGGACAUGGUGACGAGGUGCAACAAUGUUGGUGUCCGUAUUUAUGUGGACGCUGUUAUUAAUCACAUGUGUGGCGCAGGUGGUGGCGCAGGAACAAGCAGUACUUGUGGAAGUUACUACAAUGCUAAUAACAGGGAUUUUCCAUCAGUUCCAUACUCUGGUUGGGAUUUUAAUGAUGCUAAAUGUGAUGGAGAAAUUUCUAACUACAAUGACGCUUAUCAGGUCAGAAAUUGUCGUCUGUCUGGACUUCUGGAUCUUGCACUCGAGAAAGAUUACGUUCGUACCAAGGUGGCUGAAUAUAUGAACCGUCUCAUUGACAUGGGUGUAGCAGGGUUCAGACUUGACGCUGCUAAGCACAUGUGGCCUGGAGACAUAAAGGCAGUUUUGGACAAACUGCACAACUUAAAUACACAAUGGUUCUCUCAAGGAAGCAGACCUUUCAUUUUUCAAGAGGUCAUCGAUCUGGGUGGUGAGGCAAUUAAAAGUAGUGAGUACUUUGGAAAUGGACGUGUGACAGAAUUCAAGUUUGGAGCAAAACUUGGCACUGUUAUUCGCAAGUGGAAUGGCGAGAAGAUGUCUUAUUUAAAGAACUGGGGAGAAGGCUGGGGUUUGGUGCCUUCUGACAGAGCCCUUGUGUUUGUGGACAACCAUGACAACCAGCGAGGACAUGGGGCUGGAGGAGCAUCCAUCCUGACAUUCUGGGAUGCUAGAAUGUAUAAAAUGGCUGUUGGAUUUAUGUUGGCUCAUCCUUAUGGAUUCACAAGGGUAAUGUCAAGUUACCGUUGGGCAAGAAACUUCCAGAAUGGAAAAGAUGUGAAUGACUGGAUUGGACCACCUAAUAACAAUGGAGUCACAAAAGAAGUGACCAUUAAUCCCGACACCACUUGUGGCAAUGACUGGGUCUGUGAACAUCGAUGGCGUCAAAUAAGGAACAUGGUUGCCUUCAGAAAUGUAGUCAACGGUCAACCUUUUUCAAACUGGUGGGAUAAUGGCAGCAACCAAGUAGCUUUUGGCAGAGGAAACAGAGGAUUCAUUGUCUUUAACAAUGAUGAUUGGGCUUUGUCAGCAACUUUACAGACUGGUCUUCCUGCUGGCACAUACUGUGAUGUCAUUUCUGGAGACAAGGUUGAUGGCAAUUGCACUGGACUUAAAGUCAAUGUUGGCAGUGAUGGCAAUGCUCACUUUUCCAUUAGUAACUCUGCUGAAGAUCCAUUUAUUGCAAUCCAUGCUGAAUCAAAAUUGUAA